AUGUACAUCGGAAUUGCUAACAGAAUAAAUAUUAAAAAAUGUAAAAAGCAACGAACAUAUUUGAAUAAUGAAAUAUUUAUUUUUGAUUUUAGUAGAAAACUUAUAAACUAUAAUCUUGCUUUCGAAUUACAAAACUUUUUACAUCAAUCCAAAAUUAUGUUACAACAUGAAAACAGUUUAAAUGCAUUUGAAUUAGACAAAUUUAAAAAUUUUAAAAAUAAACUUGAAAAGUAUGAUUUUUGUUUUAUACUUCAACAUCCCCCAUGCUAUACAUUAGGAAGUUCCGCAAAUCCAAAAGACAUACUUUUAAAUGAAGCAAAUUAUUAUAUUGAAGAUUUAGGAAAUAUAUAUAAAAACUCUUAUUUAUAUACAAUUCAAAAUUUUACUAACAAAUAUAAAAAUAUUAAAGAUGAAAUAGAUCAAUCUGAAAACUAUGAUGAAAAAAAAGAUUAUUUCCAAAGUUUUGAAAAAUAUAUAAAUGAUCAAAAUAAAAUACCUAUAUAUCGUAUCAACAGAGGUGGUAAAGCAACAUUUCAUGGACCAGGCCAAUUAGUUUUAUAUUUUAUAUUUAAUUUAAAAAAUUAUCCUUCUAAUUAUGCUGAAAGAUAUAUUAACCUUGACAAAGAAAAUUAUAACACUCCAGACAAAAAAUAUGCAACACAUAACAACAAUGAUUAUCCAUUAGUCACUGAGAUUAAUCCUUUAGUACAUGUAGAACACUUAUUUGAUCUACAUAAAACAAUAAUGAAUUUCCAACAAGUUGGCAUAGAUAUUAUGAACAAAUUUUCAAUCAAAACACACACAAAAGAUGAUUCAAUUGGCGUUUUUUAUAAUGAAAAAAAACUUAUAUCAAUUGGUCUUAAAAUUAGAAAGUAUAUAUCUAUGCAUGGUAUGUCAUUAAAUUUUAAUGUUAAUAUAAAUUUUUUGAAAUAUCUAUUAUCAUGUGGUAUGGAUCAUACCAAUUAUAUUUCACUACAAGAAAUAGACAAAAUAAUCAAAAAGAGGAACAUUGGAAAAAGUCAAAUAGCUAUACAUAAUUCAUUGUUAAAUGAAUUAACAGCUAACUGUAUACAGUCACUAAAAAAAAAUUUUAAUGCCAAAGUAAAAAUAACCAAUAAUAUCGAGGAUAUAUUUGCUUAA